AUGGAAUAUACUCAGGAGGAUCAAAAAAUAAUUCAACAUAUUUUGUCUACAGUUACUGAUAAGAAAAAGAAGAUAGCCAUUGAAACAAUUUAUAAAGAACCUAGCAGUAGGAAAAAGCAAGAAAUUCAACAAUUAAUAGAAAGUACUUCAUCACUCCCAUUUUUCGAUGGUUAUAUUUAAGCAGGUUAGGCAGAUAUCCACGUUUAAUGUUGCAAACGUAUGAAAUUAGAAGUGUACUAAAAAGGAUAAACAGUAUUUUAAAUAGGAGAAUAUGGUUAAAAAUUUUAUUUGAUAUUGCAUGGAAGUGUUUCGGUGUCUAUAAAAAUGCCUGGAUAGCAAAAUAUUUAUACAAGUAAAAAUCAAAUUAAUGUGACUGAUGCUAAUCUCGAAAAUAUGAUUAAUGAAAUGGAAGCAAAUAAUUCUAAUUCCUUUAGCAGUAAUUAAUAGAACAGCAAAUCGAUUGUAGAAAAUAGUAUAUAAUAAGGCUAAACACCUCAUAAUAAGCAAAAAUCAAUAUAAAUGCUUUAAGUUGCUGUACUUAGAGAUGGCUGCUAAUUUGGUGAAAUGGCUUUAUUAAAUAACUAACCUAGACUAGCAACUAUUUAAUGUUUAGAGGAUUGCAUUUUUGCAAUUUUAGGGAAAAAAGACUUUAAAGAUGUUCUUAAAAAGUUCGAAGAAGAGAAACUUCAUAAAGAAAUGGAAUAUCUUUCAAAUCUUCCUUAUUUUAUUUCUUGGAAUAUCAAUCAAUUAAAAAACCUUUUCUUAAACUCUAGAAGAAAAGAAUAUGUAAAAGACUAAUACAUAUUCCAAGAAGGUGAUAAAAUAGAUGCAAUUUACAUUAUCAGAAAUGGAGAUUUUGAGCAAAGUAAGAUGUUUUCAAGAAAAUAAAAUAUAGAUGGAUUGAAUUUAGAAGCUGAUGAAAUACAAAUAUUUGAUGAGAAUGAGCAUUUAAAUAAAUAUGAAACAUUUAAAAAAGACAUGAAAAUCAGUAUUUUAGAAGAAAAAACUAUGGUAGGAGAAGAAGAUAUUCUGUAAAACAGCACUAAGAGAACUUUUAGUGUAAAAUGUACUUCGUUAAAUGGGAUAGCUAUUAGGAUAGAUAAAAAUGAAUUUUUAUAUAGAGUUAUGCUUGAAGAGUCAUCUAAAAUAUAUAUUUUAAAACAAUUAGAGAUAAAAGAAAAAUCUCUACAGCAAAGGAUUUAAGACAUUAAAUUUAGAUUAACAUAAUUUCAGAACUAUUUCUAUUAAAAUUCUAAACAUAAGGAAUACCUCAGAUCAAAAAUAUAAUCUUAAUCAUCUAAAUUAUUUAUAAACCAUUAAUAACCUUAUAGAAUUACUAAAAAAUAAGCUUAUUUAGAGCAAAAUCAAGGUGAAGAGUCAAAGCUUAAGUAAAUUACAAACUCUUCUAUAGCUUCUACAAGUGAGUUUACUACAAGAACAUCUAUUCCUAUUCAAAUAAAUUCUUUUACGGAUGCUUAUAAGUAAAAUACCUAACAUGUUAAAGCCAAAAGAAUGGCUCGUUCUUAAUCAUAGUAAAGCUAUUUAAAAUUAUCUGCGUAAAAUAUUGAUGGCUAAGAAAAUAAAAAUCUGAUAGAUAAUCAAGAAAAUAAAAGUCAAAUGAUAAAUCAAUAAAGUGUUGUUCAAUUCAUAGAUCCUGAAACAAAAAGAAAUUCAAUUUAGAGAGCUUAAUCAUAAGCUAAUCUAAGCUUUUAAGAUAAGCAAAUAAGAAGUAAUGAUGCCAACAUAUUUUAAAUUAUGAAGCAAAGUCUUUAGAAUUAAAAGUAUAGAUCAGGAAGCUAUGAGGAAGGAAAUAAUAAUAAUAAAAAUGAAGUAAUUUUGGUGAAAAGAAAAUAACCUUUAGAAGAAUCUUAAAGACCAAGAUUACUAUAUGGAAACAUGGAGCAAGCAAUUAAAGCUAAUUUUAAAAAAGUUUUUUAAAAAAUGAUUAGAUAAAAAGGUUCGAAUACAGAUAUAAAGGAAAUUUCAACAUGGAAUAAAGUUUCAUUAAGCUUUUCUAAUUAAGUUUUAGUUUACAAUCCAACAGAAGCUCAAAAUAAACAAAGAGCCAUUUCUGCUUAGAAAAAACAAGAGUAUAAAAACCUGUUAGAAAAAGCACAUUAGAUGGUUAGAGAUCUUAAAGCUAUUCCUGAUUAGGUAGACUGUUAAAACUUCUAAUCGAAUAACCUAAAUAAUAAAUAAAAUAAUAAUUUAGCCAACCAAAAUCUAAAAUAGUAUAUUAUUGAAUAAGAAACAAAGCGAAAAUUGAUUAGAAGCUCAAGUAGCUCAAAAAAAUUAAUUAAAGUAAUGAGAAACUUUUAAUCUAGUAGAUAAAAUAUUGAAUAAAGCAAAUUAGUUGAUUGCUCCUUAGAAAAUACUGAUAAUCAAAAUAAUUAAGAAUCUUAUCUGAGAUCUAUUGAUUACAAUACUUUAUCAAAAAUAUAUUACACACCUAAAAAAGCUUCUUCAGCAUAUAAAACAAUAUUAAAAAUAAGAAAAAAAUGA